AAGCCCAGUUGUUUAAACGACGUCGCUUUGGUCGAAGGCGACAUAGAAUUGAAGAUCAGAAAGCAAAGCCAAAAAGCCAAAAAUAAGAAAGAAGGAAAAAAAAAACAAGGGAGGAGAAGAAGAUGGGUUACGUUCUGAGAGUGAGAUUGGCAUCGUUUUUCAGCGGAGCUGCGGUGGCGUCCUUUCUUGGGCUCUAUAUCCUUCACAAUGAUUACAAGGUUGCCCACCAGGCCAUUUCUCAACAGGUGAGAGGCCUCCAUGAGUCAUUGGAUAGACGAAUUUCAACUCUCGAAAGUUUAAAACAAACUGAAGCUGCACAACCUGCAGAAGCAGCUGAAUAGAUGCCUUGAGAAUGCUAGUGCAGUUGAAUCCUGUGGCACGAAAGAUCCUUUUUGUCUCUUGUUUUUAUGCAGAUGGUUUCUAUGUAGUUUCUCCUCCCUUUGCAAAGAAUAAUUAAUUAUGACAUAAUUGGUCUGUUUGGUAUGCCCAAUCAUUUGUGAUUUAAUAGAACACUUUUGAGUAUUUGUAUUCUCGUAUCAGAUGAAAACUGUGACUAGGUCUGAGAGAAAUUAUGCAUCCGACCAUCAGUUAUGGCUAUGAAUAUGUUUUUGAAAUUUUUAUGGUA